CUAUCAUGAUUGGCUCCGUAUAUGGCCACGUGGCACACGGAUAAUAACUUCUCGUAUCACCACAAGCUCUACUCGCCAUUUGUGCAGUACACAGUCGCAUCUCUCGCCUAUCUUUCUCUCUCUCGGCUCCCUUCUCAAUGGCUUAUCCGCUAUGGUUCACUCUCCUCGUCCUCCACUGCUUCUUCUUCGGCAGUUCUCUCUGUCACCGUCUCGGACAUUAAGGCAUUGACCGUCGGAGACGAGAUAAAGGAGGAAUCUCUGCCUCUAAACAUGGGCCAGCGCAUUUACGAGCUACAGGGACUCAAAGAAUCCGCUUGGUAUGAAGUCAAGAUAUCUUACCCGGCUUCUAUACCUGCUAGAUUCUCUAUUCAUCUGGAGACGGCUGCGCCGGAGCUUUGGCUGAGCAAGAAUCGGAGAUUGCUCAAUACCGAAAAGAUAAUUUUCAAGCCCGGCAAGCGUAAGCCGGUGUAUGUUGUUGUGACUGUGGAGGCUGAGGGGGUUGUCGCGAAGCCAAAUGUGAAGGAGAGGGAACUGGUGGUGUUCAACAUUGCUAUUCCAGGCUUUCCAGCAAAGAUAUCAUUCUCAAAUCACUCAUGUAGUGCAGAUGAAGCUGGUGAUGUCCGGUGAUACUUUGGCCUUCAUUGCUUGUAUGUGAUGAGUUGAUGCUUGGGAUUCCGCGCGAUGCUUGGUGGGUAGGAAUUGCAGGUCUCCUCUGUUUGGUGCUGGCAUUGGUUAUUCCAUCUUUCCUCCCACCACAUCUGUUGCUGAAAAAUGCAAGCUCACUAUCAAGUAGUGCGCCUGCAGCAAAGAUUUCAUGAAUGAGGUGGUGGUAUUGGAAGCUUAGAAGAUCAUUCACCUGUCCCAUAAAAUUCAUCCAUCUUCUUUUGUUUUGUAAUUCUUUAUGAUAUUCUGGUGUAGAAUUCUUUACGAUAUUCAACGCAUAUUUUCAAUGUCAGGAAAUGUAUUUGGAUUCUAUGCAUUACAGCUUCCAAGAUUCAUGUGAAAAUCGUGUUACUGCAAGAGGAAA